CUUCCUCGUUCCCUCCCCACAUUCGGGACGCCUCCCUCCCCAGCAGAGGGACCCGAACCGGCUCUGUGCUGGCGGAUGCCGACAUGCUGCCCCUGCUGCUGCUGCCCCUGCUCUGGGGGGGGUCCCUGCAGGAGCUUCCAAGUUUCGAGCUCCGAGUGCAGGAAUCCGUGACGGUGCAGGCGUGCAUGGACGUCGGCGUGGCCUGCUCCUUCUCCUACCCCUGGAGUUCGGCGUAUUGGUCUGCUGAGCCCUCCAUCUACUGGUUCCGGGAAAGGGACACCCCACACGAUGAUGCUGUGGCCACAAACGCCCGACAUAAGCGAGUGAAACCAGAGACCCAGGGCCGAUUCCUCCUCGUCGGGGACCCCAGGGACAAGGACUGCUCCCUGAUCAUCAAAGAGGCCAGGCUGAGCGACUCAGGAGCCUACUACUUGCGAGUGGAGAGAGGAUUUAAUGAGAAAUAUAGUUACCUUGAUAAGAAGCUGAAUUUGCAGGUGACAGAGAAACCCAACAUCCAGUUUCUGGAGCCUCUGGAGUCUGGCCGCCCCACAAAGCUGACCUGCAGCCUCUCGCUAGCCUGUGAUGACAGACACCCUCUCCUGUUCUCCUGGAUGUGGGAUGCCCUUGAUGCCAUGAACCUAAACACCAUCCACUCCCCGGAGCUCACCCUCACCCCUAGGCCCCAGGACCACGACAGCAAACUCACCUGCCGGGUGACACUCCAGGGACUUCAGGUGACCCUGGAGAGAACCAUCCAGCUCAACGUCUCCUCAAGCCCAUGUCUUUCUGCCCCAGAUGCUCCGAGGCACCUCCGCAUCAGCCUCUCCUUCAGAAACGUCACAGCCCUCAAGAUUCUGCAGAACACCUCGUCCGUUCUCAUCUCAGAGACCCCAGCUCUGCAGCUGCUGUGUGUCGCUGACAGCAACCCCCCUGCACAGCUGAGCUGGUUCCAGGGGUCCCCAGCCCCGGAGGCUGCCCCCAUCUCCAGCACCGGGGUCCUGGCGCUGCCGUAUUUAGAAAGUGCAGAGACAGAGUUCACCUGCCGGGCUCAGAACGCGUUGGGCUCCCAAAAUACCUCCCUGAACCUCUUCAUGGUCUCCCCCCCGCAUCUGCUGGGCCCCUCCUGCUCCCAGGAGGACGAGGGUCUGCGCUGCAGCUGCUCCUCCCGAGCCCGGCCGGCCCCCUCCCUGCGCUGGCGGCUGGGCGAGGGGCUGCUGGAGGGGAACUUCAGCAAUGCCUCCUUCGAGGUCAGCUCCGGCUCCGCCGGGCCCUGGACCAACAGCUCCCUGAGACUCCUCGAGGGGCUCAGCUCCAGCCUCAGCCUCAGCUGCGAGGCUCUGAACGUCUACGGGGUCCGGAGCGGGUCUGCCCUGCUGCUGCCAGGGAGACCUGCAUUCCUGGCUCUUGGGGCUCUCGGAGGCGCUGGUGCAGGGGCCCUGCUGUCCGCGUGCUUGUGUCUCCUUUUGUUUUUCAUAGUGAAAGCCCGCAGAAAGCAGGCAGCCACGAGACCAGAGGGUGUGGAUGAUGAAGACCCGGUCAUGGGUACCGUCGCCUGGGGUUCCAGGCAAAAGCCUUGCCCAGACAGCCCCACCGACCAGACGGUGCUGUCCCCUGCAGAGGACGCCCCACCCCCAGGGGAACAGGAGGAGCUCCAUUAUGCCUCCCUCAGCUUUCAUGAGAUGACAUCUCGGGAGCCUCAGGACCAAGAGGCCACCAGCACCGAGUACUCUGAGAUCAAAACAAGCUAAUGAGGGCUCAUCCAGACCUCGGUCCCAGCUGGGGGAACCACAGCGCCUGUGGGGACAAGGAGAGGUCAGGGACUAGCUGACGAAGCCUUGGUGGCAAUAUCUAACCACUGUAUGAGCGUCCCCAGGUAGAGCAGAAAGAAGACAGGUGAUGGGAUUAGAGAAACUUGGGCUCACAGGCAGGUUCCAGCAUUUCCUGAGGCAUCGUCAUCAAGCGACUCGGUCCACCUCUCUGUCUCGGGUUUUCUGUUCUGUAAGUCAGAGAUCAUGUGUCUUACCUCCCAGUUGUGAACAUUAAAGAAAGAUCAUAUAAAAAGAAUAAAGGGGAAAAAACUCAAAGGAAAAAAAGGAAGAACAUAUUAAAAGCAACGAACAGAGGUCCCAUCA